AUGGGUGGCUGGAAUUCGAAAAGACUUACCCGUGCGAAUUUCAUUAAAUAUUUUGAAGAUUUUAAUUCUUGCAAAUUAAUUUGCGACGAGCAUAAGAAAAUAAUAAACACCAAAACAAAAAAAGAACUCUGCGCCUCGUUAUUCGCCGCUGAUAACCACCAAGAAGGAAGAACCGACUCUGAUCACAAUCUAGCGGUCCUUUCGAAAGAAGAAGGAUUUUCCAAUUACUACAACGCCAGCUAUAUUGAUGGUUUCAACCGACCGAACGAAUACAUUGUCGGGAAGUCGCCGACUUCAAGCACAAGUUCAAACUUCUGGCAAAUGAUCUGGGAUCAUCAAACUGAAAUUAUCGUCUUGCUCAAUGACCCCGAGGACGAUGGAGACUACUUUUACUGGAGUCAAGAAAUACAAACAUCGAUCCAGUUCGGGAAGCUGACGAUCCAUACAUUGAAAGUGCUACCUCAUUUUAGUUUUCAAAUCACGUUACUACUUGUGAUACAUGAAGACGGCAGCGCCCUGUUCGUCAAUCAUUUUAUGUAG